AUGGGACUUUGUCUGUCACAUUCUAUUUCAGUUCCUGAAGAUCCUGUAUACCCAAGCAACCAUACUAUUAAAAUCCAGGAAAAAGACCAAAAUGGGCGUAUAAACCGUUUGACACCAAUUAAUUUUACGAUCCCAGGCCCAAUUUCAAAUAAAACACUUCAAGCCGAAAUCAAUCAUUUUAGUUAUUUUAUUUCAGCUUCAAUUCUUCCAGGUUUUGACCCUCGCGGAAUGAUGAAUAAUUCUUGUAUGGAUAAUUUACUCCUUUUUAUAAUAAUUUGGCUAAAAAUAGCAAGAGAAAUUUCUUAUUUUUAUAUAAAAAAAUAAGAUUUUUCCCUUAUAAUUAUUAAUUCUAUUAUAAAAUUAUGCAUAUUUCUUAUAACAGAAAACGAUUCAGUUUUUGCAGGGCUUUUUGACGGCCAUGGACGAGAUGGACUAAAAAUUGUGGAAUUUUCAUCAAAAUUUAUGCAGGACUUUUUUAGGAAAAAUUCUGCCUUUAUUAAAGAAAACCCAAAGGAAAUGAUAGAAAAUAUGUUUCAUCAGUGUGACGAAGCUGUUCAAAAUUCAAGUGAUUUGGAUUGUGCCACAUCAGGAACGACCGCAACAAUUAUAUAUUUGAAUGAAAAUGGCCUUUACUCAGCCAGCGUCGGAAACUCCAGAGCAGUUUUAGCAAGUUUUCCUAAAGAAAAUGAAGAAGUGCAGCAGGGCAUAAAAAACAAUAAAAAUAAAUAUAAAAGAACAAUAGAACCUUCAAGGGUGCUGAAAGAAAUGGCAAUUACGGUAGAUCAAAAACCGAAUCACCAAGAAGAAUAUGAAAGAAUUAUUCAAGCUGGAGGAAAAAUACAGCAACUUGCAGAUAGUCAAGGAAAAACAUCAGGGCCAUACAGAAUUUGGAAAAAAUUUGGAAAUUUGCCAGGAUUAACUAUUUCGAGGUCAAUUGGGGAUUCUAUAGCGAAAGAAAUUGGCGUGAUCUCUACCCCGAUUUCGCAAUUUUUUGAAAUAUUCCCUGACCAAGAUCAGUUUAUCAUUGUAGGGUCUGAUGGAAUUUGGGAAGCACUUACAUCUCUCUAAGAGUGAGGAAAAUUUUUGGAAAAAAAUCCUAAAGUAAUUUAUUAAAUAUUGAGUUUUAUCUUUAUUCCAAAAUAUAAAUAAGCCAAGAUUAUCCUAGAGAUUUUUAAUGGUACACCUUAUGGAGUAUCGCUAUCAAUUGGGUAAUCAUGAAAAAAAAAACUGAUGGGUAAAUUAAAAUAAAUUUAAAGCUUAUAAAAAUGACUGUAAAUUUAAACAUUUUUAAAAUCGCAUGACGGAAAUUUUUUUUUUUUAAAACAAUUCUGUAAAAAAAACCCAGUAAAAAAAUUGAGGAUUUCAGGAGUAGAGCAAGUGUUGGAGAAAUUUGUGAUGGAAAAAAAUUGUGAAGAAGUCUUUGGUCCAAUGAAUCAGGCGGGUAACCAUAAAGUAAUAGUUAUACAUAGAAGAUAUUUAUUUAUAGCUUUUUACAAUAGAAAAUAAUAUAAUGGCUAUCUGUAGGAGUGUUUCUUUUCAUUUUAAAAAUAUAAUAAUUCAUAAUUGCUACAAUAAAAUUUAUUAAAUUUAACACAACUUGAAUUCUUAAAUAUAAAUUUGCAAAUUGGGAUUUUUAAACACACAAAAGACACUUAUAUAAUUUCAAAUCACCUUUAAUAGAGCAAAAAAAUAUUGCUAACUUCUUAAAGGUGGGAUUUAGUAAUAUAGAAGCUGUGAAUUUUGUUGAAAAAUUCAGGAAAAAAUGUUUAAGAAAUCCACCUGUAAUUAAAGAAUACCCAACAAGGGUAAAUUUUAUAUAGAAAAACAACUCUACAAUAGCACAAUUAGUAGGAGAAGAAGCAAGAUACAGAUGAUUUGACAUAUGCGAACAAGAUGAUGUCGUAAUUGACGAUAUUUCUGUCAUUAUCAUAGAAAUCAGCACAACUUCUCCAGUUACACAAAUUUCUGUAAAUAAUUCUGAAAGAAAAACAAUAAAAUUCAAGUCAUUUGCGUAUGAAAAUGACCCUAAUUGGAAUAGCACAUUUUUAUUGAAAAAGCCAUAAUAAAUAAUUUCAUUUAUUAUAGAACCAUUUAAAAAAGACUAUAAAUUGAAAAAAAUCAAUAAAAAAGGUUUAUUUUCAUAAAAAUAUUGUAAAACCUAAUUGGAACCCUUCAGCUGUUAACCAAAAACUCGUAAAAGGGACAACUGUCAUGUCAUCCGAAGACCCCUUAGGUGUAGAAUCCAUACUAAACGAAGUUGUAAAAGAGGAAGAAGAAGGAAAAGAAGAAGAAAAAGACGAAUAA